AUGCAGUGCCUAGCGGCUGCUCUUAAGGACGAAACCAACAUGAGUGGGGGAGGGGAGCAGGCCGACAUCCUGCCGGCCAACUACGUGGUCAAAGAUCGCUGGAAGGUGCUGAAAAAGAUCGGGGGUGGGGGCUUUGGUGAGAUCUACGAGGCCAUGGAUCUGCUGACAAGGGAGAAUGUGGCCCUCAAGGUGGAAUCAGCCCAGCAGCCUAAGCAGGUUCUCAAGAUGGAGGUGGCUGUGCUCAAAAAGCUUCAAGGGAAGGACCACGUGUGCAGGUUCAUUGGCUGUGGCCGGAACGAGAAGUUUAACUACGUGGUGAUGCAGCUGCAGGGUCGGAACCUGGCUGACCUGCGUCGCAGCCAGCCGAGGGGUACUUUCACGCUAAGCACUACACUGCGGCUGGGCAAGCAGAUCCUGGAGUCCAUCGAAGCCAUUCACUCCGUGGGCUUCCUGCACCGGGACAUCAAGCCGUCCAACUUUGCCAUGGGCCGGCUGCCUUCCACCUACAGAAAGUGCUACAUGUUGGACUUUGGUCUGGCCCGGCAGUACACUAACACUACAGGGGACGUCCGGCCCCCUCGGAAUGUGGCCGGGUUCCGGGGGACUGUUCGCUAUGCCUCGGUCAAUGCCCACAAGAACCGGGAGAUGGGCCGCCACGAUGACCUGUGGUCCCUCUUCUACAUGUUGGUGGAGUUUGCAGUGGGCCAGCUACCUUGGAGGAAGAUCAAGGACAAGGAGCAGGUGGGGAUGAUCAAGGAGAAGUACGAACACCGGAUGCUGCUGAAGCACAUGCCCUCGGAGUUCCAUCUCUUUCUGGACCACAUCGCCAGCCUUGACUACUUCACCAAGCCUGAUUACCAGUUGAUCAUGUCGGUGUUUGAGAACAGCAUGAAGGAACGGGGCAUUGCUGAGAAUGAGGCCUUUGACUGGGAGAAGGCAGGCACUGAUACCCUCCUGUCCACAAGCACCUCCACCCCACCCCAGCAGAACACCCGGCAGACAGCAGCCAUGUUCGGAGUGGUCAACGUGACACCAGUACCAGGGGACCUGCUUCGCGAGAACACUGAGGACGUGCUCCAGGGCGAGCACCUGAGUGACCAGGAGAAUGCACCCCCGAUCCUGCCUGGGAGGCCGCCAGAGGGCUUGGGCCCUGGUCCCCACCUUGUCCCCCACACUGGGGGUCCUGAGGCUGAAGUGUGGGAGGAGACAGAUGUCAACCGCAACAAACUGCGCAUCAACAUUGGCAAAACCCCCUGUGUGGAGGAAGAGCAGAGUCGAGGAGUAGGGGUCCCCAGUUCCCCAGUGCGUGCCCCUCCAGACUCCCCAACAACCCCAGUACGGUCUCUACGCUACCGGAGGGUCAACAGCCCAGAGUCAGAGAGACUAUCUACAGCAGCUGAUGGGCGGGCAGACCUGCAUGAGAGGAGGUCACGGAUGGAUUUGCCUGGGUCACCCUCACGACAGGCCUGCUCCUCACAGCCAGCUCAGAUGUUGUCAGUGGACACAGGCCAUGCGGACAGGCAGGCCAGCGGCCGCAUGGACGUGUCAGCCUCCGUGGAGCAGGAGGCCCUGAGCAACGCCUUCCGCUCGGUGCCUCUGGCUGAGGAGGAAGACUUUGACAGCAAGGAAUGGGUUAUUAUUGACAAAGAGACAGAGCUCAAGGACUUCCCUCCUGGGGCCGAGCCGAGCACGUCAGGUACCACGGAUGAGGAGCCUGAGGAGCUGCGGCCUUUGCCUGACGAGGGUGAGGAAAGGAGACGCCUAGGGACAGAGCCCACUGUCAGGCCCCGAGGACGUGGCAUGCAGACGCUGGCAGAGGAGGACCUGCGGCAGAUGCUGCCCCAGCCUGCACCACCUCAGCUUAGCCAGGCUGAUGGCCGGUCAGAGACAUCCCAGCCACCCACGCCUGGCAGCCUUUCCCACUCUCCCCUGCACUCGGGACCCCGCCCUCGACGGAGAGAGUCGGACCCCACGGGCCCUCAGAGACAGGUGUUCUCUGUGGCGCCCCCACUUGAGGUGAAUGGACUCCCCCGAGCUGCGCCUCUGGGCUUGCCCUACCAGGACUUCAAGAGAGACCUCUCUGAUUAUCGAGAACGGGCCCGGCUGCUGAACAGGGUCCGGAGGGUGGGCUUCUCGCACAUGCUGCUUACCGCCCCACAAGUCCCCUCGGCUCCCUUUCAGCCUCAGGCCAAUGGAAAGGAGGGAGAAGAGGAGGAGGAGGAAGAAGAGGAGGAGGAGGGAGAAGACGAAGAAGAAGAGGAAGAAGAGGAGGAAGAGGAGGAGGAAGAUGAAGAAGAGGAGGAGGAGGCAGGGGCUCUGGGGGAGGUGCUGGGGCCUCGGAGUGGUUCUAGCAGUGAGGCCAGCGAGCGGAGCACUGAACGGAGCCAGGAGGGGGCCCCAUCCACACUGCUGGCUGAUGAUCAGAAAGAGGCUAGGGGCCGGUCCGUGGCUGAUGGGGACCUGGAGCCUGAGGAGGGCUCCAAAACGCUGGUGCUCGUCUCCCCUGGCGACAUGAAGAAGUCGCCAGUCACUGCCGAACUGGCCCCUGACCCUGAUCUGGGCACCUUGGCCGCACUCACCCCUCAGCAGGAGCAGCCCCAGCCUACUGGAAGUCAGCUGGAUGUAUCGGAGCCGGGCACCCUGUCCUCUAUCCUCAAGUCUGAACCCAAGCCCUCAGGACCUGGAGCAGGGCUUGUGGUUGGGCCAGUGGCCACUGGUGGGGCGGUGGCAGUCACCUCCUCACCCUUCACCAAAGUCGAGAGGACCUUUGUUCACAUUGCGGAGAAAUCCCACCUCAAUGUCAUGUCUUCCGGAGGGCAGGCCUCCAGGCCAGACGAGUUCAGCACUGGGGGUGAGCUGGGCCUGGAGAUGCUCUCUGAGGGGGCCACUGCAGAGGAGGGGGCCCCAGUGCCUCUGGAGAAUGGCCUGGCUUUGUCAGGGCUGGAUGGAACUGAGACAGAGAGUUGUGUCCUGUCUGGCUUUCCAGGAGAAACACCCUCAGAAGUAGUCACAGACUCGUUGCCCAAUGGCGCAGCCCUUGCUGAGGGGCCAGCUCCGGCAUCCCCACUGGAGCCAGUCACCAAGAAAGGGACCACUGUCUCCCCAAGCCGCCUUGCUAUGCCAGGUUCUCGCCCCAGGAGCCGCAUUCCUGUCUUGUUGUCUGAAGAGGACACAGGCUCAGAGCCUUCGGGCUCCCUGUCAGCCAAAGAGCGGUGGGGCAAGAGGGCCAGGCCCCAGCAGGACCUGGCACGGCUGGUGAUGGAGAAGAGGCAGGGCCGCCUGUUGCUGAGGCUGGCCUCAGGAGCCUCGUCCUCUUCUAGCGAGGAGCAGCGCCGUGCCUCUGAGACACUCUCUGGCACCGGCUCUGAGGAGGAUACACCUGCCUCAGAGCCCACGGCAGCCUUGCCUAGGAAGGCUGGGCGGGCAGUGACCACCCGGAGCCGGAUUCCACGCCCCAUCGGUGUGCCCACGCCUGUGGAAGGGCAGCAGCUUCCUGGCAGACCCCAUGGUGCCGCCUCAGCGGCUGACGUGGCCAUUACCAGCAGGCUCCAGCUACAGAAGCCCUCAGGGUUGGCCACUGCUGCUGACCUCCGUCCAAAACACUCCGCGAGCCGGGGUCCCGGCCCAGUUCGCGCCCAAGUCUCCAAGCCUGCAGCGCCCCGCAGUCCCGGCCUCCCCGCCUCCACCUCGCGCCACCCCAGCGGGUCCCCGCGGAGCCAGUCCCUGCCCCGCAAAGAGAGCUCCGCUCCGUCGCAUCAAGCCCGGCCCAGCGCCCCUCCCUCUCGGGGGGUUCUCCAGGCCAGAUCUCAGCCCGAGGCCUCCCCAGGGGCCCCCAAGAAAGGACCCAGAGGGAAACAACUGCAGACUCAGCGCGCAGCAACCAAAGGCCGGGCGGCAGGCUCGGAGGGUCGGCCCGGGAACAGAUAAUGACACCGGCCUGCGGCUCUCUGCGGCGCCCCCUACCCUCACCCCGGUCCCCACCCGCAGCUGGCCACACUGGAGCAGCUUCCAGCACAGCCUUACGCGCCCGCGCGCCACCGCGGCCCCAGCUUCCCGCCUGCACUCGCCAGGACGCACGUGAGCAGCCCAGCCAGCCCACUGACCCCGGAGGGUGCGUGUCUCGGUUCGUCUCUCUGCGUCCUCCCUCCCUCCUACCGCCCCACUGCAGGGACAGGCUCACAGCAGAUCCUCUGCCCCGGGAAGGCUCAGCACUUAUCGCCUGAAGACUCAGCUUUUAGGGCCUGUCCCCUUCUCCUACCAGGUCUUGGCUGAUCUCUAUGCCCCCCACCCAAGGGGCUUACAUCUGCUUACACCUCUUGCGGCCCACCUUGUCCUCAUCCCCGUCUUCUUCAGCCUCCAACCCUACCCAACAGGAGCAACAGCCUCAAAUUCCAGAAGUGUGCGGUCUCUAGACCGCCCACGGUCCCUUGGAGCCAUGGUGGCCACGAAAGGCCAAGCUGGGAUUGGGAAUGUGGAAGUCAGAGGUCGUUGGCUUAUUUAGGUUUAAGGGGACACCUCUAGUCGGGCUAAAGUCAGCUCUAUGAGAGGCACAGGUCGUAAGAGGGGUUGC